AUGACCAUCUCGUACUCUGGGAACUUCUGCCAUCUGCUCCUUCGCUGGAAAGGAUCAUUAUGGCGAUCCGUUUGGAAGGAAUUACUCAUAUACCUGAUUCUUUUUUAUACAAUUCGAUUAUUCUACCUCAUCGGCAUUGACUACGUCGUAGAUGAUGAUGAUGAUCGAGAUAAGUACAGAUGCGAAGUUAUUAAGAAAACUGCAAAAGCAGAUUUGCUGAAAACAACCAGUUAA